CUGGAAGACAAAGAGUUUACUACAAAUGGUCUACGGUGAAUUGAUGUCAAGAGGAAAUAUCGAAGUGUGGUAUUUAGUUAAUGUUUACAUUCGACGCAUGGUUGAAUAAUUAACUGUAGAAUUAGUUACUUUAUCACCCUUUUUAUCAACAGGAUAAUAUCUUAACUAAUAUGGAGACUAUGUUUAAAGGUAAUUGUAAAAAAUACAGAUUCUGAGAUUUCCUUCGGAUCUCCAAAGUAAGAGAAGAUGUGUGAUGCUCUAGAGAUGUAAUAUGAUGGUGUAAACCAGAUGAUGUAGGCAAACAGACGGUCACUAGAUGUAUUCCAUUAUGGAGAUCACAGACGAACAAGCACUUAGAUUUCUAAACAUUGGAGUGAAUCAAUCAAAUCUACUCCAUUGUAUUAUAUCAGUAUGGCUCCUAUGAGUUUUUUAACGUCAACUUUUCUAGAUGGGACUUGAACCUUAUUUUGAUUUUUUUUUAUCAUAUGAGGUAGACGUUACGAUUAGCUUGUGAUGUUUUGGCGGAGCAGUUUUAUCGUUCUUAGUAACAUUUGUGCAAGAUGUUUUUGUCUGAAGAGAUUUACGUUAACCAAAGUGUUACUGAUUGUCAUUUUACUCAGUGUCAUUUCUACCAUUGUGUCGAUCAGUUUUCUCAAUUUGCGAUUUGGAAUUGCAAGGCAGCGAAGCAAACCGCCAUUGCCCCUGUCAACAUGCAGAUUAAAUUCCACCAUUUCUCGAAGCCUCCUUAAACGUGUGAAUCAUCAAUCUAAAGCAGGACGACAUCUUGGUGAUAGAGUUUUAGUUAUGGUGGAAUCGCAGUAUUCUAAAGCUGGUACCAAAAUAACACAUCUUUUGGAAGCCAUUCGCGUAGAAUAUAAAGUAGAACCUACAGGAAAGAAUUUACCAACUUUGACGCACCUUGAUAAAGGCAAGUUUUCUGUUGUAAUUUUCGAGAAUUAUAACAAGUACAUCACUAUGGACAAAUGGAAUCGGCAGUUGUUAGAUAAAUAUUGUUCAGAAUAUAAUGUGGGUAUAAUAGGUUUCGUUCCAUCUAAACCAGACAUAAUUAGUGAUAAUGUCCCUGGAUUUCGAAUGGUGUUUGAAUAUGGUAUGAAACUUCAAGAUUAUAAGCUAAACAUGUUCUCAGAUGUCUGGCGUGUAACAAAGGCAGGACAGAUUUACGAAGGCCGUCUACCUGGAGAGUGGACAGUGUUUCAUACAAAUCAUUCAACUUAUGAACCUUUAGCUUAUUCUAAGAAGCAAACGCAAAAAUUUAGUGUGAGUAUCGAAGAAGAUGUAAAUAAACCUGUUGUGCCAGUGAUUUAUGACCAUGGAAAAUAUGAUAAAAUUAAAAGGAUUAUUUUUGGUAGCGCCCUUAGAUUCUGGCUUCAUAGACUUAUUUUAUUGGAUAGUUUGUCGAUUCUUUCAAAUGGAAAGUUAAGUAUGCCAUUAGAAAGACAUAUACAGAUAGACAUUGAUGAUAUAUUUGUGGGUCGUGAAGGAAUACGGAUGUGUGUAGACGAUGUGGAGGCACUGGUUACUACGCAGGAAACGAUUAAACAAAUGGUUUCAGGCUUCAGUUUUAAUCUAGGAUUUUCUGGACGAUAUUAUUUGCAUGGUUCAUAUGAAGAGGAUGCAGGCGAUAAAAAGUUACUAGAAUAUCGAGAUAAAUUUUGGUGGUUUGGCCACAUGUGGAGACAUGAGCAGGCUCAUAAAUUUGAUGAACCAUACAUCACACUUGCCAUGCAGCAAAAUUCACAGUUUGCUAAGGAAAACAACAUCCCAGUAAAACAGAACUAUGCUGUAGCCCCCCAUCAUUCUGGUGUUUAUCCCAUACAUGAACCAUUAUACACAGCAUGGAGAAAUGUUUGGGAUGUGAAGGUCACCAGUACAGAAGAAUAUCCCAGACUUCACCCUGCCUGGAGGAGAAGAGGUUUUAUAUAUAAAGGUGUCAUGGUUUUACCCAGACAAACGUGUGGAUUAUAUACUCAUACUCUCUUUCUGAGUGAUUACCCUGGUGGCCGUAAACAUCUAGAUGAUAGUAUUAAAGGCGGUGAACUCUUCCAAAUUAUUCUCUUUAAUCCAAUUAGUGUAUUCAUGACACAUAUGUCAAAUUAUGGUAAUGACAGAUUAGCAUUAUAUACAUUUGAAAGUGUUCUAAAGUUUAUUCAGUGUUGGACCAACUUAAAAUUACUCGCAGUUCCACCUCUUCAAUUAGCUCUUAAAUAUUUUGAAAUGUAUCCUGAAGAAAGAGACCCAAUAUGGCAGAAUCCAUGUGACCAUAAGAGACAUCUCAGUAUCUGGUCUACCAAUAAAACCUGUGAAAAACUGCCCAAUUUUCUUGUCAUCGGACCUCAAAAAACUGGUACAACUGCUCUUUAUACAUUUCUUGGAAUGCAUCCUGCUAUUGAGAGUAAUUUCAAUAGUCCUGAUACAUUUGAAGAAGUUCAGUUUUUUAAUGGUAAUAAUUAUUACCAUGGAAUCGACUGGUAUAUGGAGUUUUUCCCCACACCAAAAAAUACUACCUCUACUUAUUUAUUUGAAAAAAGUGCAACAUAUUUUGAUAAUGAGGUGGUGCCUAGAAGGGCAUUUGCAUUGUUACCUAGAGCUAAAAUAAUAUGUAUAUUAAUUAAUCCAUCUAAACGAGCUUACUCCUGGUAUCAGCAUAUGAGAUCUCAUGAAGAUCCAACAGCAUUAAAUUAUUCCUUUUAUGAUGUAAUAACAGCUACAGAUAUUGAUCCACGUAAAUUACGUGAAUUACGAAACCGUUGUUUAAAUCCUGGAAUGUAUGCACAACAUUUAAUACGAUGGUUAGACUACUACCCUUCUAGACAGUUAUUUAUUGUUGAUGGUGAACAGUUAAAGAAUGAUCCUAUACAUGUGAUGCAUACAAUUCAACGAUUUCUACAUAUAGAUCCUUAUUUUGAUUAUAGCCAAUUUUUGAGGUUUGAUCCUAAAAAGGGUUUCUUCUGUCAAGUUGUAUCAGAAGAUAGAAAUAAGUGUUUAGGUAAAAGUAAAGGAAGAACAUAUCCUCCAAUGAACAAAGAAGAACAACUUUUUCUAAAACAAUAUUAUCAACGACAUAAUGUGGCAUUAUCUAAGUUAUUGGAUAAAUUAAAUACAGAAGUACCAGCUUGGUUAGAGGAAGAAUUGCGAGGUGGGGAUGAAUGAAUAAACAAUCAAAUGGUGAGAGCAGAUGACUAGUCAACACUUAACCAAAUAAACAAUAUUGUUAAUACCUUACUCUAUGUAUCAGCUUAUAAUUGUGUAUUGUGGGAAGGUAAUUUCAAAAUAUAAUAUCACAGAAGACUGAUGGCAAAAUAAGUGAGGCAUUUUAAAACAUAACUGGUACCCAAAGUUUCGAACUUGUUCAAAUUCUUAUUUCUAAUUUUAGCCAAAUGUGUUUUAUCGAGAGAUUAUUUCAACAGAAAUCUGUUCUUUAUACCACAGCCACUACUGUAUUUCAUAUCUUUCCAUGUCCAUAGUUUUGUACCUGAUUUUACAGAUGCAAACUGAAUAUAUGCUAAAAAAGUGGAAAGACAGUUUUUUGAUGCCAACUUAUCGAACAUACAUGGUUACAGAACAUACAUGUUUACAAAGACAUACAGGAUUACAUGGACAUAGGGCCUAAAGAUUUAAUAUCUGCUAGUUCCUGUUUAUACUCUGCAUGCUACAAAUCUUGGGUCAGAAUUUCUUGAUCUUUCAUGAUACUGCAUGCCACAGAUCUGUGACUAUAACAAUAAUAAUAAUUGAUAGUGUUAUGUCAAAAAGGUUUUUCUAACCUAGAUGUUUGGUAAACAGAUGUAUUUUAAAUGUUAUUUUUAUAACCAAUGAAUGUUCUGUUUUCUCAAAUGUGUCUUGAAAGAUCAUUUCCAAUGUUUGCACCAUGAACACAGUGAAAUGCAGUGGUGUCCUACUGUAAAGAAGAAGAAUAUGUUAUUAUAUGAUAGAUGGAGACAAGUGUCCUAGCUCUCUUUAGUAAUAAUAUUGUAUUUUUGUCUUGAUAACCAACAAAAUUGAAUCUCAAAUUACAAGUGCUAUUGAUUGUUGACUUUAAUUAUGAACCUAAAAAUUUCAAUAUGUGCCAGUAAAGAAACCCAUCCACAAACUUACGCAAAUUAUAAAUUACAAAUGAUUUCUAAAUUCCAAACCGUAUUGUUGAGUUAUGUGUAACAUACACCAUUUUGAAAUAUCAUAUUUAAUGCUUAAAAUAUAUUGUGAAAUGUACAGCUAGAGAACAUGUUAAAAAAUUGUUUUGCUAUUAUUGAACAUGAAUAUUUUAAAUUUAAAAAAGCAUGAUUUAAUCACAAAGACUGUUAUUACUAUUGUUGAGCAAAUCCAAGCCGAAAAAAGAAGAAGUGAAGUGACUAGUGUGGAUAUUUAUUUUUAUGAACUCAACAUGAACUGCCUUGGGCAUCAGAUGCUAGUUUUAUGAAAUGUUGUAGUACUAAUGUAUAAAAUAUUAUAUGUAGUGCAUAAUAUGACGAUUAUUUCUCAGAUUGUAUAUAAACACAUAUUAUUGAUAUUUUAAAGUUUUUUCUUCUGUGAAGAAAAGCUGUAUCUUUAAAUCAAAAUAUAUUGUAAAUUUAAACUAAAUUUAUAGCGGUGAGUUUAGAUAUAAAUAUACUUUAAUUUUAACUUAAUUUAUAGCAGUGAGUUUACAGGCACUUGUAAAAUGUAAAAUCUUUUAAAAAUAACAUUUAACUGAGGUUAAGUAUAAGCCUAAAGUCUGUUGCAUUCAUAUUCAAAUUCAAAGGCAAAUGAAAGCUUCUCCAUCAGUCAGUAAAUACAAAGUGAGAAUCGAAAGAUCUAUCAAUUUCAGACAAGUUAUUUGCCCCCGAAUUCCCUUUUAUGAAUACAGACAUAAUAGACUUUCUGACAGGAGUAAAUACUGAGCUUCAACUUAAUGUUAUUCUUUGAAUAAAAUUUACAAGCAGCUUGGGUAACUUUAGAUAGAUAUCAGUAGAAAUUAAAUCCAUCCAUGGUCCCGGAGAUUGAUACAUGUCUUGUAAACAAUAGAUAAAUAAUAUUAAAAGUAUUUAGUGAUGUAUAUUUAUUGUUGUUAUGUAAUAUAUAUGAGGAUAAACAUGAAAUUGAUAUGUUUAUUUGUAUAUAUUAAUAUUUUUACAUUUUUUCUUUAUACUUGUUUCUGUCAUAUUUUUUAGUGAAAGGCAUGAUUUUAAUAUGUAUAUUAUUGUAUUAGUAUAGUAUAUGUCUUCCAUGCAGAUUGUUUGCUUUCAUUACUUAUGUUCAGUUCAGCGGAUUCUAUACAACUUGUACAAGAUAUCAAGUAGUAGAAAAUAGUUAGAAACUAUGCCAUUCUUGCUCUUAAUAUCUUUACAGAAUAUAUUAUCAUAUCAGUUUCUCAACGCUUCCUUAUUUCUGCCAAAAUAACAUCACUGGUAACAAGAAUCUAUUGCUUGCAUUUUUAUGCAAAAAUUAUUUGUUACCGGUUCAGAUAUUUUCAAUAUACGUCAACGAAUUGUUACCAGUUAGUCUUUUUGUAUGUAUGUUAAAAAUCUGUCUUUAUUUUGUGUUUGUAUCUUAAAUUUGUGUACUAAGAUUAAUAUAGACUAUGAGUGAAAAACUAAAACAAAUGGAGUAAUGCAUCACUGGCAGAUGUUUUCACUAUUACUAAUAGUAUUAGAAUUUUAUUUUUAGUUAUUUUCAAGUUGUUUCAAAAAGGCUUGUGCAAAAAGUCUUUUACUAGUAGUAAAUGAAGGGGGACCGCACCACACACAAACGCUUACACAAAACAAAGCUACGGACCGUACACAAUAUACAGACACCACAAAAAACAAAGCGCAUAUAUCAGAACAAGUGAAUGGAUCCGGGAGCUAGCCAUAAGCUAUCACUGCACAGUACAGUCGCAGUUGUUGGAUUUUGAAUAAUUAGGUGAAUCUAAUAUUAAAAAUGAAUUGAUAUUUUUGUUGAAAGUGAAAAAGUCUCUUUAAGAUCUUAAGACGCUCUUUAGUGAAUGUUCUUGCCUUGUUUAGUUUUUAGAAAUUAGCAAUUGUGCAUGUAUACAGCAAUUUUCAUGAUAUAUGCCUGUACAAUGACAAUGCUGCUGGUGGACCUAGUCUGUGUUUAUGUUUAGUUCAUAAAGGAUUCUAAAUAUUUUAAACAAUGAGGGCACAUUUUCUUGACUGAGACACAAUGAAAACACACUGCUUUUACAAAUACAUGUAAUUGUUUGUUAAUCUCGUUUUAGAGAUACAUUUUAAUGUUGCAAUUCUAGAUGUAACAUCGUCAGAUCGGGAUAAUGCGUGAGAGUGAUGUUUUAGUUAUGGUGAAAAAUAUAUUUUCAUUCAUAGAUCAUAUCAUAUAUAUAUUUUCAAUUAUAUUUUUGUUUAAAUAUAAGACUUUAUUAUAGUUGGUGUUAUACAGGAAACUGAUCAUUCUUGAUGUACAUGUACAUCGUAGCUAAAACAGGGUAAAUAGUUUUAUUUUUGUUUGAAUAACUCGCAUUGUCACCACUAUUAUUAGAUAUGCUUAUUUUAAAGACCCAGCACAUUGGUGGUGGAUUGUCAGCAUGUCCCCUUAUGCUAAAUUUAAACUGAAGAAUUUAUUAACAGCUGGAAAUCUAAAGUUGAUUUGGUCUGGAUAAAAGAUGGUGAAAUGUUAGUCUCAAACAAAACAUCCAGAAUAUAUAUGAAGGUCAAGGAUGAUGCAUUGACUUGUUUUGUUAUUAUUUUGUUUCUUUUUUGUUUUUUUAAAGCUAAAAAAAAGCUAAAGAGCUUGACAUUUAAGAAUACAACUUAACACAUCCUAUUGUUCCUGGGUCGUUAACAAAAAGUGUUCCUUCUAUCUUUCUUCAUAUCAAAUGAUACUUAAAUUAUUGUUGGGCAUUUUACAAUAAAUUAAUAUUUUCUAAAAACUGAUAUACAUGAAUUAAUUGAUAAAGAAAACAAAAAGCUAUCUUAGUUUAGCAUACUUAUUAAUAACUUAUAUUUCAAAAAUAUGUAUGUAAAAGUAAUUUAGAUUGUCAUAUUUUUGUCUAUUAUAAAAGUUUUAAUUGUGUUACCUGAAUACAUGUAUUUCUAUUCAGAAAGUAUGAUAUUACAGUCUAUUUUUGGAAAAUUAUUUCAUGUCAGUUUCCUGUUUAGUGUGACUAUUUGACAUAGGAGUAGUUUUCCAGUAUUGAGUGAAAGAAAUGCUAUUUCAGGACCAACAUGGCAAUUCAACAAUUUCUAUUAUUUACCAUCAUUUGAUAUACAUGUAACUGUACCCAGAUUCAUUUAUUACUUACAGAUAUUCUAUGGAAUCUUAAAAUUAAAAUUAAUUGAACUAAAGUUUCCAAGAUUGGAUAGAAAUAUUAGUUGUAGGGAUUAUAUUUUUUAUAGAAUUAUCAUUCAUUAACAUCACAUUUAAUGGACAAUCAUUGUCUUGUAUAUGUAUAUUAUGUCUGUUUUAUUGCAAAAAUUAAAUAUUUCUUA